AUGUCCAGGCCGCGCGACCCGCUAGCCGGCCCUGAUGCCGGCCCAGAACGUCCUUUCCCCGUAAGAUUGUCAGGGCCAGUGAUCAAGGGAUUUGGCCGCGGGAGCAAAGACCUCGGAAUCCCCACCGCCAACAUCCCCGCCGAUGACCUAUCCGAGAAGCACCCAGAGCUGAAAACUGGCGUCUACUACGGCGUUGUAGCGCUCGACCCAAAAACAUACCACCCUGAGACAUCAGAGGGCAGCACAUCUACCGCAGUGGUUUUGCCCGCUGUGUUGAGUAUCGGAUAUAAUCCUUUCUAUAAGAACACCGUGCGAUCUGUGGAAAUCCAUAUCAUGCCCGCUCUUGCGGAACCAUCACCCACUGCUACAGGGCAGGAGGGCCAGACCAAGUUCAAUCGCUUGCCGGAUUUCUAUAAAACGCGACUAAACCUGCUGAUUCUGGGCUAUAUCCGACCUGAGUUUGAUUAUGUUUCACUGGAGGCGUUAGUGGAAGAUAUUCGGGUGGAUUGUGAGGUUGCACGGGAGAGUCUGCUGCGCGAGGCAUACAAGUGCUAUCUUGUUGACAGCGGUAAAACAUCUGAAAAAGUCAGCGAGGAUCGUGGGUGGUUGGUGAGCUUUGAUUAA